CAACACCCAAGGCUAAAAUGAGGAGAGGUAAAUUUGUAAUUUUACUGUUUAUAAACCUUGGGUGUUGAAAUAAGUGUUUAUUGUUUGAGUGUAUGUAUAAUUGUCCUUCAUCAUAACAUGCAUUAAUAAGAGAAGCAUUAACUUAAUUCUUUCUAAAAAUUUCUUUUCUGUAAGGUUUCGUCAUGGAACUUUCACGUUCUUCUAUCCAAGGUUUAGUUAGGGAGAUCAAGGAAGAGAUGUUCUCAGACAUCGAUCCUUACACAUUUGUUUCCCCUUCCGCGUAUGACACUGCAUGGCUAGCCAUGAUUCCAGAUCCUCGGGAUCCAACUGGUCGAUCAAUGUUCAAGGGGUGCUUGGAUUGGGUGCUGAAUAACCAGAGAGAAGAUGGGUUUUGGGGAGAGUGUGAUGGUCAUGGCAGGCCGACCAUCGAGUCUCUUCCUGCUACUCUUGCCUGCGUAGUUGCACUCAAGAAGUGGAAUGUUGGGACAAGAGAAGUACAAAGAGGGUUGGCAUUUGUGAAUGAAAAUACUGAGAAGCUUCUUGGUGAUCAUUUUCCUCGGUGGUUUGCCAUUGUUUUCCCUGGAAUGAUUGAUCUCGCACAUGAAGUCGGUCUACAGAUUGCCCUUCCUAUGCAGCUAGGACUAUCAAUGAACAUUUUUGGUGAAAGGCAAAGUAUUCUUGAAAGGGAGGAACUGGUUGGAGAACAAUUUCCUCCAUUGCUAUCGUAUCUUGAAGUCCUAACACCGACUGAUGAUAAACUCAUUGAAGAAAGCAUAACCAAGGACUUAAACUUGGAUGGCUCGUUAUUCCAGUCCCCUGCAGCCACAGCUCGAGCAUUUAUGGCUACAGGAAAGAGAGAGUGCUUAGCUUAUCUGCAAUCUCUCGUUCAAAGAUGCCCUAAUGGAGUUCCACCAACAUAUCCUAUGAAUGAAGACUUAAUACAACUUUGUUUGGUGCAUCAACUUCAAAGAUUAGGGUUAGCCGACCAUUUUGCUCAAGAAAUAGACCAUAUUUUGACCCAUAUUCACAGGAAUUACCAAAAUCAAGAAUCCGGUCGAGGAUCAAGAACCGCAAGUGCAACUCAGCUACAUAAGGAUUCUUUAGCAUUUCGGCUUCUCCGCAUGCAUGGUUACACAAUAUCUCCAUGGAGUUUCUGUUGGUUUUUAAAUGAAAAAAAAUUUCAAGAUCAUCUAGAAAAGAACUACGAAUUCUUCUCAAGCGUGAUGCUGAAUGUUCAUAGAGCCACAGAUCUUAUGCUUCCAGGAGAAUAUGAACUUGAAGAGGCAAGAUCAUUUUCAAGGAAAUUACUUGAGAAAUCUAUAUCUAUAAGAAAUGGAGACUGGUCCUCCCUUAAAAGGAUGAUUGAGCACGAGCUGAGUGUUCCAUGGAUUACUCGACUGGAUCACUUGGAACACAGAAUAUGGAUUGAAGACAAAGAUAUGAAUGCAUUGUGGGUUGGAAAGACCUCUUUCCACAGGUUGUCAAGCUUUCAAAACGAGAAGCUAAAGAAACUUGCAACUGCAGAUUAUGAGUUUCGGCAAUCAAUUUAUAGAAUAGAACUGGAGGAACUGACAAGGUGGUUUAAAAAAUGGGGUCUUGUGGAUUUGGGAUUUGCCAGAGAAAAAACAAUAUAUUGUUACUUUGCCAUAGCAGCUAGCAAUUCUCUGCCUUAUGACUCUGUUGUUAGAAUGAUGGUCGCAAAGAGUGCAAUUCUCAUUACAAUUGCUGACGAUUUUUUUGAUUCUCACGGUUCCCUACAUGACCUCAACACCCUUAUUUCUGCAAUUCAAAGAUGGGAUGGCAAGAACUUGUAUGGGCACUGCAAAACUAUCUUUGAUGUACUGGAUGAUCUUGUAAAAGAAAUUGCAGCAAAACAGCUCCUUAGUCAAGGAUCAGAUAUAACGAACCAUCUACAACAUAUAUGGCAUGAAACAUUCAAUUCAUGGCUGGUGGAAGCUAAAUGGAGUAGAAAUCAUUACGUGCCAUCAAUGGAAGAAUACCUCACAACUGGCAUGACAUCUGUUGGUGCCCACACAAUGGUUCUUCCAACUUCUUGUUUAUUGACUCCAAGCUUAUCGAAUCACAAACUCCAUCCAAACAAGUAUGAGACUCUCACCAAAUUGCUCAUGCUCACAACUCGCUUGUUGAAUGACAGUCAAGGCUACCAGAGGGAAGAAGAGCAAGGAAAAUUGAACAUUGUGCUGCUAUAUUUGAAAGAAAAUCCCGAGGCAGAUAUUAAAGACUCAAUUGCCUAUGUGAAAGGAAUUCUAGAGAGGAAGAAAAAAGAGUUACUCCAGCAUGCCUUAAUCGAUGGCUUUAGUGAUCUGCCAAAACAAUGCAAGCAUCUUCAUCUAUCAUGCCUGAAAGUAUUUGGGAUGUUCUACCAUUCGAGCAACAGAUUUGAUUCUGAGGACACAGAAAUGCUUAAAGACAUUCAACAGGCAAUUUAUAGUCCCAUAAAUGUUGGAAAAACAUCAAAGCAUGAGAGUCACAACCAGACCUUUCUUGCCAAUAUCAAAACAUGGAUAUGAUAUUUUGUUCAUGUCACCAAAAUUUAAAAUGUCUUUAGUUUAAACAAGUAUUUCCUAGGUGAAACAUGCAAAAGUAAUAUAUCCUUUUGUUCCACGAAGGACUUUGUCAGAUUACUCUAUUUCACGAUCAUGAUAUGUUGUCUGAUUAAAUUACAAAAUAAAAU